GUAUUAUAUGAGAACACAGCACGAGUGAGACAGAAACCGGAUAUUUUAGCAGAACUGGUGGUGUGAAGGCCAGAGACAGUUGACUUUUGAGGUUUGUUGGUUGAUCAGGAUUCGGCUUGUUCUUUCUUUUCUACUAUUUGUUUUGUGCAAGAAGGAAUGCUGUGUAUUUGAGUCAGUUAAUAAGACACCACACAUCCUCCACAUUGCUAGAAGUUUGUUUUCAAUCCAGUCACAUAAUCUUAUUUGCAGCAUUAGAAAUUCUGAACCUUUUAGCUUUACACCGUGUCAAGUAUGUCCGAGGAUCAUAUUCAUUUUUCAUCUUCUGUGGAUGAUGACUUUUCGAAAAUUGGUGGACCAUUUUCUUCAAACUCACAAAUGCUUUCUAGCUCUAAAGAGCAGCAAAUAAUCCGAGACAUCGACGAUCAGGCUAUCAAGGCAAAUGACGCUAUACAUAAUGCCAACUCGAGCUUUGUUCUACCGCCGAAGAUAAUUUCUUCAUUUACUUCCCCAUCUUCUCCCAUGGAAGUCACAGAGAAAAACUACGAUCUGCCCUCACAGUCUUCCAAUGACUGUUUGCUCACAGCAACUAAUGAUGUGAAUCAACUGAAUCAAUUAUUGAGCAUGAACAAAAAUACGAGUAAGAGAGCUUUCAAUGAUUCAGAUUCUGCUGACCACAUUAAAAGACAACAAGUUGAUAGCGUUGUCAGUGUUGAUACCGAUAUUCCGAUUAGUUUUGAUACAAAUGAAUUAAAACUUAAAGAUGGUUUAGAGGAUGUCAGUCACGAUCAAAACAGUUACGAUCUCAACUCUACUAAUUUUAGUAUCAAGUUCGAAGGUUUAGACUCGGUCGACACACCAAACUCAAUGACUUCCGAUUCUGUAAUGACGGAAACUGCUAAUGGUAGUCCAUCGAGUUUCCAUAGAAACGGGAGUGAUCUUGCCAAAUCUAAAGUAAUAAAGUUUACCCCAAACAGAACGACUGAAAACAUAAAAAAACCACACUUACUGUUGACAAAUCCAAAUUCGAAAAAGUCCAAACGAGAGCCAACCAAAGGCCCUCCAAAAAAUUCAAGGUUUUUCAAAGUUUACAGUUUAGAUGGCUCGAAAACAUCAAAGCCUUCAUCAAUCCACCAUUACAAUCCUUAUAGAUAUCCACAGAAUAGAAGUAAAUUGAAUCCUCACCCUGAUUUUAUUCGCAAUAAGAAAGAUGAUCCAAUAACAGGUCCUAUAAAGGUUCCAGAUGUUUCAAGUACUGAAACUGUGCAAGCUCUAGCCAAUGAGGUGAUUGACUCAGUAUCAAAGUAUGAAAACAAGAUUCCUGAAUUGAAACCCUCCAUUGAAGAGUUUGAAGACAUUUAUUCCUAUAUAACCUCAAUUAAAGAGAUAGGUGAAAAAUACGGAGCUGUUAAAAUUGUUCCCCCAAAGGAAUUCUCUCCCAAAUUUGCGAUUAAUCUUGAAUCCUUCUGGAUUAAAUCUAAGAGGCAACUGUGGAGAUCGCCUUCUGAGGAGCUUAAUGCAAGGUGUGAGUUCUACAAACAGUUGAAAGACUGUUUGAAAGAAACAGGAUCAAUAUCCAUCAACAAAUUACCAUGCAUAGACAAACGUGCAAUUGAUUUGUAUCGUUUAUAUAGAGUUGUCAAAUUGCGUGGUGGUUUCGAGAAUUGCUGCAAUGAUAAACUCUGGGCACAAAUAGGCCGUGAAUUAGGAUUCUACGGUAAAAUUAGCAGUUCUUUAUCCUCUUCAAUUAAGUCAGUUUAUCAAAAAUACAUAACACCAUGGGAAAUUAGCAACAAAGACAAAAAUCAGGAUUUUCUGAAUUUAGCCAGAAAUGAUGAAAAGAAUAGUCUUCCUCUUGCACCUGGGACUAUUUCUGCUCCAAAUAUUCCUGUUAUAUUGGGUUCCUCCGCACCUAUGUUAAGAAACAGAAACACCUUGAUAAACGCUGGAUUUUCAACUUAUUACGACCAAGCUACCACACAAAAAAAAGGUGUUACUUUGAAUGAUUUGCAAACUUUACCUGAUUUCGAUUUCUACCAUUGGAGUGAUCCAUUAUCAGUAGAUGAUACAAACCCUACUGAGCUAAAAAUUUCAUCACUGUAUACAUUAAAACAAUUUUAUGACAAGAGCAGAAUUUUAAAAAGUCAGGUUCUAAACAAAUUUUUUGAGUCUGAACACUAUAAAUUCGAGAAUUUGGACUACUUGGAGUCUACUUUUUGGAAGUUGCUAGAAAACCCAGAUGUAAUGUUUGAAACAGAAGUUGCCAUGGGUCAAAGCACCAACAUACACGAUUCGAGUUAUGAAAAUAGAUUUUUAUCCGAAAAAAAUGGAGAUUUAUCUGAUUCUAUCUUAGGCUCAUUGAAUUUCAACAAUACUACAGUUGCGGAUGGAUCCGUUUUACAAUAUGUUAAUUGCGACUCAGAUUCAAUUUAUCAUUCUUCGCUCAAUUUUUCAAUGUUCUAUGGUACUCAAUCAUGGUGUUUGGAAGAUCAUUGGUUUUACAACAUUGACUAUCAUUAUUUAGGUGAUGCCAAAUCUGUGUACGUUAUACCACCGGAGUACCAAGAGCAAUAUGAAUCCCUUAUCAAAUCCCAGCUUCAAGCAAGAAGCAAGGAAGGUGAGAAAACAGCUGAAACCUACAAAUUGUUUGAGAAGGAAAUUGCGAACUACGAUAUAUACACUGCCUGCUUAGAAAAUCAGGUUUGUUACGAUAUGAAUUUGCCAAGAUCUAGGCCAAAUGACUUAGGAUUUGAACCGCUGAUAGAAAAUAAUUCUACCCCUACUAGAUUCAAUGGGGAUAUAAUGUUUUCGCCUGAAUAUCUAAAAGAGAACGGAAUACCUGUUUACCAUGCGUACCAAGAAGUAGGGGACAUUAUAAUAAAGUUCCCUAAAGCUUACACGUCAUACUUCUCACUGGGAACUAGCGUAACAGAGUCUGUUAAUAUUGCGAACACCGAUUGGUUGAAAGAGUCCCUCAAUGUAUCGAAAUGGCUGCAAAAGCAGCAAAUUCCCCCAAGGUUUUCCACUUUUGCAAUGCUUCUAACCGCCUCUAGAGAAUCGAAAGAUAUUAAGCUUUUGAGCGGCGUGAAAGAUGUAUUAGAUCAUUUAGUCAAUGACGAGAUCAGGAAAAGAAACGAGAUUCGAAUGUUUCUGAAAGAAAUCAAGUUUAGUGCUGAUUGCAAUGUCAUAAACCAUCUUAACGAAAUAAAAGAUCAAGAAAACGAUACAGGCAUUUCUCAAGAUAUGGCGGAGAAUGACGAUGAAACUGUGGGUACCAAGUUAGCCUUUAAGCUUGGAAACUGGAACAAGGUCACCGAUUAUGAUUUAGUUGACAUGUUUCCUACAUUUGUGUGCGCCAAGAAUAUAGCUAAUAAGCAAAGCAACUUCACUAUGUCCUUGGAUGCGUUCCUUACAAGCAUCAAAAGCGACGAUAGCAAGAAAUACGCUUACGAAAUGAUAUCAUUAGUUGACGAUGAAUACCUAUACGAAACUCUUGAUAUACUCAAGGGUAAACUACAAGGAAUGAAAGAGUGGUCGGAAAAAUAUCAUAAGGUUUUGGAUGAGUAUUCAGUUCCACCGCUUGAGAAAAUCUUACCGCUUUUUGAAGAGGGUGAAACGAUUUUUGAUCAAAAAAAUUUUAAGUUCGGCCAACUGGAUGAGACAGAGAGACGUAGCUACGAGGAGUUCGUAUAUCUCAGAAGCGAAGUUAAGCGUACGGAAGAGUGGCGAAAAAAGGUAAAUUACUUUUUAGGUCUCAAGAACCAAGGAGUGGGUGAAUUACUUCCAUUCUCUGAUUUCAAGAAAAUGGCUGAAGAUGCAAGCCUUUUGACGUUGUCAACCAAAGAGGCAACGGACGUUAUCAAUCUUGCCAAUGAAGUUGUAAAAUUUGAGAGACUGGUUGCAGAGCCAUUGAGUAAAGGCAAGGACCAGCUGGAUUUGGACGAGUUGAAAAAGCUUCACAUAAUUGGCAGUGAGAUUCGAGUUGAGCUGGAGUCAUUCAAGGUAUUGGAUAAAGUUGUCAAAAGGAAUAGCUGGAUCGAUAGUGUUCAGAAUAAGGAAAUCAACAAUCUUGAAGGUCUCAAAGGAGUCAUCGAGGAGGGGAAAAAACUCUCACCUUCCAAUGAGGGCGAUGUCAAACUUUUACAAGAUUUGGAAGAUAAAUACAAGAAGGCUAACGAAAUCAAUGAGAAAUACCAGGAACUGAAGCAAAGCCAGCGGAAGAUUUCCAUUGACGAGCUCAAGAAGUUGCACGAAGAAAGUAAGGACGCACCUUUACACGAGAUCAGAGAGUUUACCGGGAGAAUGAUCAAAGAACAUGAUUUCAUUACCGUCAAUAUCUCACCUUUCAUCAAGUUGCUUCGGGAGAAGGAUAAUGUUUUGGCAGCAGAGAAGGAACUUCCUGAGAAAGUUGAGGUUUUCUUGAGAUAUCACGAGCAAAUCAACAAGAGCAUGUCUGUUGAAAAUAUCGAGAACAGUAUUUGGGGGCUCACAAAUUACGAAGACCUCGAAGAUGACGGCAACUUUUUGAAGCAGCAGAUUAUCGAAGGGCCAGAGGAGAUUACGCGAGAGAUCAACGAGAACUUCCAGAGUCUUUUGCUUUUCGGCAAGGACGACUUCAACUUCAGCAACAUGAACAAGUCGGACUGCCUCAACUACCUUGCGUCGUACAACAUGGACUUGUUGAACUCGAACGAAGACCGGUACUGCGUGUGCCGCCAGAUGCAUGAGGGCAACAUGGUUGAAUGCGAGAACUGCAAGCAGUGGUUCCACUUCAACUGCAUCGGCUAUGUCAGCAACGGAGGCCAGGACGACAGCAGCAAGUACGUCUGUCCGCUUUGCGACUACGAGAACAAGUAUCCGACGACCCACAAGUUCUACGCCGACGUGUCAGCGAAGAUCAAGUUCGAGCAGCUCCUGGAGUUUGCCACCCGUAUGAUGAAGGAGUGCUCCAUCCUGACUGACUACGAGGUCACCUUUCUCCGCGUGGUGAAUAAGUUUUACGGCUUCUACCGGCAGGUCGUAAGUUCCGGGGUCGUGAAGCUCGUGAGGCCUGCAGACGGCGGCCCCGAGCAACUGGUUGUUGUCGAGAACGACGUAGGCACGCUCCGCCGACUCCUCCAGAAGAUCGGCGCCUGCACGAUCAACUACGACGGGCUGCACCGCAUGCUCCGUGAACAGUACUGCCAGCUCUGUGUUGCCGCCCGGGGCGGUGCAGAAGAUGGCCCUGCUGCAACGCCAACGGCGGGUUUGGCACAUCUCCAGCAGCACGCGGGACCAUCCCCCGAGCACUAGCGGUGUCUCCCCCCCCUUGUGUACAGUAUGUAUUGUAACGUGUAUCGAAGACGAACCUCACGACCAUCAUGGCAGAGACAAAGCAGCCGUUAUUGUCAUGCCUGUGGUGGCACAAUGGCCUUGCGGCCCGACGUCCCGACGCCGGAGAGGGGCUCGCACGAAAUGAAAAGCGGGGCAGGCCGA